GGGUGCCGAGGGGCCAUGGCUGCCGGGGACCUGGCCGGGAGCUUCCAGCAUGAAGUGACUUGCUCCGUCUGCCUGGAGUAUUUCACAGACCCGGUGUCUAUUGAGUGUGGGCACAACUUCUGCCGGGCCUGCAUCAGCCAGUGCUGGGGGGAGCCGGAGCCAGACUUCUCCUGCCCCCAGUGCAGAGAAACGGCCUCACAGAGAGACCUGCGGCCCAACAGGCAGCUGGGGAACCUGGUGGAGUUAGUGAAACGCCUGAGGCUGCAGGCGGGACCAGAGCCCGAGGGGCAGCGAGUGUGUGAGAGGCACCAGGAGGCUCUGAAACUCUUCUGCGAGGAGGAUCAAACCCCCAUCUGCGUGGUGUGUGACAGAUCCCGGGCUCACCGCGCUCACAUGGUGGUUCCCAUCGAGGAGGCUGCCCAGGAGUACAGGGAGCAAAUCCUGAGCCGCCUGCCGCGUCUGCGGGAGGAGAGAGAAGAGCUCCUGGGACUGAAAUCCGACUGGGACAAGAAGAGUGAGAGGCUCCUGAGGCAGACGGAAGUGGAGCGGCAGCUGGUGGUGUCCGAGUGCGAGCGGCUGCGCCAGUUCCUGGCUGAACAAGAGCGCCUCCUGCUGGCCCGGCUAGCAGAGCUGGACGAGGAGAUGGGGAGGAGGAGGGAGGAAAACGCCACCCACCUGGGUGAGGAGAUUUCCCGGCUCAGCGCCCUGAUCACGGAGCUGGAGGGGAAGUGUCAGCAGCCGGCGCCGGAAUUGCUGCAGGGUGUCAGAAGCGCCAUGAGCAGGGGCGAGAAGGCGACGUCUCCGCAUCUGGCGCCCGAGUCCCCUGAGCUGGAAAAGAGAAUCCGGGAUUUCCCGCGAGAGAACAAUCUCCAGGAGGCUGUUACGGGAUUCCUGGAGGGGCUGGCUGCAGAGAGAGGACUCAGAAGAGCCCGAGGAUUCGCAGUGGACGUGACUCUGGAUCCAGACACGGCAAAUCCCCACCUCAUCCUGUCUGAGGAUCGAAAACGUGUGAGAUACGGAGACACAUGCCAGGAUCUGCCUGACAACCCUGAGAGAUUUGAUACAUGUCCCAUUGUCCUGGGUGCUGAGGGGUUUGCGGGUGGGCGUCGUUACUGGGAGGUGGAGGUGGGAGACAAGACGAGAUGGGCUCUGGGGGUUUGUAGGGAAUACGUGAGCAGGAAGGGGCUGGUCACAGCAUCACCUGGGAAUGGAUACUGGGUCGUGUGGCUGAGGGAUGGAGGGUACAAGACCUGUACCUCCCCCAUGAUCCCCCUCCCCGUGAGUGUCAGGCCCAGCCGGGUGGGGGUUUUCCUGGACUAUGAAGGGGGCGAGGUCUCAUUUUACAAUGUGACUGACAGGUCCCUUCUCUUCAUUUUCCCUGACACCUUCUCUGGGACGCUCCGUCCUUGUUUCUGUCCUGGUCUCAAUGCUGAGGGUACAAACGCGGCUCCCCUGAUAAUCUGCCCGGUCUCAGCUCAGGCCAGAGGCAAUUAG